UUUGGCUGCGCCUUACCCUUCCGUGUUGUUAUGGGAACGCCCGCUAGCUCUGAGGCCCGCCUUCAGGGUGGUGCUGACGUUUGGCCCCGCCCCCCACUGUAAUUCAACUUCCGCUCGGGGAAAGGCUGCUUCCGUUCUCUGGCGCGCUGCUUACCGCUAUGGCGGCCCAGCGACCUCUGCGAGUGUUGUGCUUGGCUGGCUUCCGGCAGAGCGAGCGGGGCUUCCGCGAGAAGACCGGAGCGCUGAGGAAAGCGCUGCGGGGCCGCGCCGAGCUCGUGUGCCUCAGUGGCCCGCACCCGAUAGUGGACGCAGCGGGCCCCUUGCUGGAGUCCGGGUCUUGCCCUCCGGAGGAGCAGCUUCGAGGCUGGUGGUUUUCAGAACAGGAGACAGACGUUUUCUUCGCACUAAAAGAGCCCACAGUGUGCAGAGGACUGGAGGAAGCACUGGGAACGGUGGCACGGGCACUGAACACUCUGGGACCUUUCGACGGGCUCCUUGGUUUCAGCCAGGGGGCUGCGUUAGCAGCCUUUGUGUGUGCCCUCGGCCAAGCAGGCGAUUCCCGCUUCCCCUUGCCAAGGUUUAUCAUCCUGGUAUCCGGUUUCUGUCCUAGGGGCCUUGGCCUCCGGGAAUCCAUCCUGCAGGGCCCCUUUUCACUGCCUUCACUCCAUGUUUUCGGGGACACUGACCAAGUCAUCCCCUGUCAGGAGAGUAUGGAGCUGGCUAGCCGAUUCACGGGAUCCAUCACUCUCACCCACUCUGGUGGCCACUUCAUUCCAGUAGCUGCACCCCAGCGCCAGGCCUACCUUAAGUUCUUGGACCAGUUUGCAGAGUGAAAGAUCAACAAAUGCCUGGGUUUCCAUAUCCUACUUACCACCCCCAAUCGGGACACAGAAUUUGGGGUAGACUCUGAUUCCUGCCCUCCCCUUUUCCCUACCCUGGAAUCUCCACUGUUGUUAGUGCCCCUCACCAUCUCACCAUCUCCAAUUAAGAGACAAAUAUCAAUUCUUAAAAAAAAAACAGAUUAGUCCUGGCUGGUGUAGCUCAGUGGAUUGAGCGCGGGCCUCCGAACCAGACAAUCGUAGUUCGAUUCCCCGUCAGGGCACAUGCCUGGGUUGCAGGCCGGUUCCCUGCCAGGCCAGUUCCCAGCAGGGGACGCAGGAAAGGCAACCAUACAUUGAUGUUUCUCUCCCUCUCUCCUUCCCUUCCCCUCUAAAGAUAAAUAAAAUCUUAAAAAAAAAAAAAAUUAUAUAAGCCCAGCUCUGCACUCAAGGAAAUGGGGAGCAGGAGGCCUUAACAGACUUUCACCUUGGUAUCUAGUACUCCAACAUGGAAAAAGCAGGGGUUGGCACCAUUGUGACUGCCACAAAAUAAAGCAAUUUAGAUUUUGAGCAUCUUUUCCUGAUACAAAAAAAAUAAAGAGAAAUUUUGGCCCUGGC